UGACCUAUAAUUCCAAGGUGGAUUUAAACCUAUGAUUCAAUUCUGUUUGGAGAAACCACUUUUUUUAUUUUUUCUUACCUCUCUAAACCUGCAAAUAUGAAUGAUAUGGUAGACCAGAUGACAAGGCUGAAGCUGAAGCUGCUGGAGAAGAGACUUGAGAAUGACAGGAACAAUUAUGAUGAGAGGGGUGAUUCAGCUAUUUCCACAAGAAGUUAUGAUGGGCAAGCGGAUGCCUUACAUAGUGCCCUGAGAAGGAAGCGGAGUUUACUGCAGAGGCUCAGAGAGCAACAGUUACUGGAGGAUCUUGGAAGACCACAUACAUGGGGAGGGAGUCACAGGCACGUCGCCCAGAUCCCUUUCCAACAGCAAACCCUCCUCCGAUUCACAUAUACCAGCCACCUCCACCUCCACCUGCCCCUGUCCACCAGCUGCCCCCACCACCUCCACCCCAGCUGCCCCCGAAUCAUACAGCAGAUGCUCCCUCAACAACCAGCCACCAUAAUUCAACAGUUGCCUCAGCAACAGCCACUCAUCACACAGAUACCUCCGCCUCAGCUGGCACCGCCAUACAAAUCUGGCAGCAUCAAAGAGGACAUGGUGGAAAUGAUGCUGAUGCAGAAUGCCCAGAUGCACCAGAUCAUCAUGCAGAACAUGAUGCUGAAGGCCCUCCCUCCCAUGGCUCUGAACUCACCAAUGGGAGCUGGUCAUAGUGCCCCCUCAACCCCACACUCUGUAGUGGAAAUGUACCCCAAAGCAAAGGGCAGUGCCAUCCACCACCACCAUCACUACAGCCCAUCUGGCCCCCAGCUGCCUCCCAUUACCUAUCCAAUAUGGGGCAGCCAGGGAGGGGCACACCAACCCUCAGUGCAACACGUGAUGGGGCCAAUAUCACUCCCACCUUUAAACACUGGCCAGAGGUGGAACUAAUCCUUUUCCGGCAGAAUGAUGGAUCACAGGCAAAGAUCAUUCUUCAUAAAAAUACACCACUUGUUUCCCAAUCAUGUGAGGUCACCUUGCCCACACCCUGAACUUUGCCGAGAGCCAUUUGGGAUUUUAAAACAGAUGGGAGGAGUAAUGUGGUGAGAACUGACACUGCACACAAACUCCAUGCGUCUGGUUACAGAAUCUCGCAGCUUCAGUGAAGGAAUGCCAAAGGACUGCAUAACAAAGCACUUUAAUGGCAAUUGCCAAUAGCUGAUUAUCCUACAUUUAUUUUAAUUACUAACAAAUCAUUUAAUAUAUAAUUCAGUUAUAUAGUUCACUAUGAGAAUACGUUGAAACACUUUAUACAUUGACUGAGAGCAUAAGGACUGAAUAUUGUAUGCAACAUGCACCUGAACUUUGAAUGAAGCCUUGAUGUGUGCAGAUAGAACAAUAUGUGUAUAGAAAGCAGUUAAAGAUGACUCAAGAGAAACCUUAAACCAAGAUAUUGGAUGAUGCACAUUUUUUCACGUGUUCCAGCAACCCACACGAGACAUACAUUUGUUAAAUAAUCCAGUGUUUAUUAAAUAUUCUUUAUUUUGUAUGUACAAAUUCAUAAUAUACAACAGGCAGCCAAUACUGUUAAAUUAAAUCAAGUGUCAACAUUGGAUGACAGUCCAUUGUUGAAUAAAAAGUCCACUUAACCAUGUGGUGUGCCCUUAGAAGCUUAGGUUGAUUUAAAAAGAAAAGCACUGGUUUAUGCACACUUGGGUAAAAAAUAAAAACAAUAAACUCUAUAUAAACUAUGCAAAGUACAAUAAAUAAAUACAUUGUUGUAUUGCUAAAAUCUA